AGACCCCUGCUGUCCACCCUGGCAGGGCCAUGGCAGAGGCCCGUGUCUCCCAGCCUGGGGCAUCCCCACGCUCUGUAACGCUGAGCUCCAGGCACCCGUGAAGCCCCAGGGGUCAAGGCUGGUGGGCCGGGGCUGGGAGGCCUGCACGCCUGGGUUCUGGGUCCCUAAACCAGUACCCAUCCACCACAGCCACCAUGAUCUGGCUUCGAAACAGGAGGUGCCUUGAGCCGCCCCAGGGCACCCCGAAGUGGGUCCCCGUUCUGGGGGAGCUGCAAAAGACCCUCCAGAAGGGCGAGUACCUGCCCCUCCGUCCGCUGCCCAUGUUCGAGAGUAACUUUGUUCAGGUGACCCAUCAAGGGGGCCCAGUGUUUGUGAAUCACAGAACCAACCGGCUGGCCAUGGGCGUGGCCGCCUCCCUGCCCGGCCUGGUGUUGCCUGACAUCUUGCUGACCGGCCAGCCCGCCGAGGACAGGGACUGCUCCGGCCUCGUGCUGACCAGGAUGAUCCCCCUGGACCUCGUCCACCUCUGCGUCCAUGACCUCUCUGCCUGGCGCCUGAAGCUGCGCCUGGUCUCGGGCCGCCAGUACUACCUGGCCCUGGACGCCCCCGACAAUGAGGUGGGCUUCCUGUUCCACUGCUGGGUCCGCCUCAUCAACCUGCUUCAGGAGCCGGCUCCCACCUGGGCCCCCAGGACCAUGCGCACGGCCCCCCUGGAUGAGCCCCUGGCCAAAGCGCCUGCCUCCACCUGGCACCUGCAGGAGCAGCCCAGCAGCAGACAUGCAGUCAGGGUUGCUGAGCACAACUUUCCUUAUAAGACGGUGGCCGCUCAGAGACAGAGGAAGGCCGAGGCAUUCAGGCGCAGUUUCAAGUCUCAGGCCGUGGGCGACUCUGUGCCCCUCAUCUGGUCGCAGCUGGAGCAUGCCGAUGUCAGGAAGAAACCUGCAGAAAAGAAGUCCCACUCAGACCCCUGUCCCGACAGAACUCACACCCAAAUCUGCUUUUCUGAGAAGACCAGCAUCUCCAUCUGGACCAUCUUCAGCAUCAUUUCCAGCACUGCCAACCAGACACGGUCCUCUCCAAAGGCCUGCACAUCUGCAUCUGAUGAGGCCACAGGCCAGGGACAUGUGGUUGAGAGCCCUUCACACUGUGUCUCAGCCGACAGCCCUGAUUGCUUCUUUCUGGGCUCCUGCAGCUCCCUGGACCCGUGCCUGCGGCAUCAGGACAUGGAAGACGUCACGGACUCUGAGGGCAGCACUUUGUUGUCUGCUGCCUCCGGCUUGGCUCCCUAUCCCUCUGCUGCUUGCCUCUCCACACCCCACUCUUCCAUCCCCAGGGGCAGGGAAAAGGCCAGGCCUAUGGGCUCCCACCAGGGGCCGGGGUCGCCACCCUGCCAGAAGGCCCCAUCUGGCCCCGUCACAUCUUUUGAGGCACCAUUCCUCGUUGACCAGUCCCAGAAGCUCCCAGCUGUACCCGCUUCACCGUGGAAACCCCCACCUGGAUUGGCUCCUCCCCAGAAGGCCCCAGCUGCAUCAGCUCCUCCCCGGAAGGCCCCCGCUGUACCUGCUCCAUCCCAGAAGGCUCCAGCCAUACCUGCUCCAUCCCAGAAGGCCUCAGCUGCAUCAGCUCCUCCCCAGAAGGCCCCAGCUGUACCUGCUCCAUCCUGGAAGGCCUCAGCUGCAUCAGCUCCUCCCCAGAAGGCCCCAGCUGUACCUACCAUUCCCCAGAAGGCUGUGUCCCCCACCGCUCCAAAGAGGAAAUCUCUGCUCCUCCCUGCCCCAUCCCAGAAGGCUCUGCCAACCUCACCUACCCAAUACCAGAUAGCGCUGGGCCCGCCUGCCUCACGGGGGAAGCUCCCUGGCGAUUUUGACGUGUUGCCAACAGGAAUUCCUGGAAGAGCCGUGCUGGAGAGAAGCCAGUCUGGAGGGAAACCAGAGCCGGCGGUAACGGUGCGCACCCAGGAGACAGACGUGGUGGAGAUGACGACUCAGGCCAAGUCCCCGGAGUCGCCCUUCACCGUGACCAAGAUGGAGUCCAAGGACAUCCUGAUUAGCCAAUCCGAGGAGGUGACCCUGGAGGCCCUCAGGGGUGACAGGAAGUUGGAGGACCGGGCCCACUGGGCGAAGCUUAAAGAGAGGUCCCUGGACCUGCCUGGCGUGAGAUCCAAGGAGUUGGAGCAGCGGAAGAGAUGGGUCAAGACGAAGGAGCUGGCCGUCGAGGGCCCCUCCCAGGAGCACAGCAGGCCCUUCUCUGCGGAAGCGCCCACCCUCGCCAAGGUCAUGAUCAUGGCCAACUCCAAAGAGCAGCACUCGAAACCCGCUUUGGUCUCACUUCCCUCCUGGCUCUUGGUGACAUCGCAGGCGUCUGCCACAUCAAUGAUGGCUUCCAUGCCCUCCCGCCCAGGCCAGCUGUCCUCACUGGAGGGGAAGCCAGUGGUGGUCAGAGGGCAGCCAGAGUCGCACACCUGGUUGAAGGAGGGCAAGCGGCAAUGGGGCGAGAUGGAGGAACCACCCUGGGACCCCGAGGGGCCACCCAAUGUGCCCUUUCACUCCAAGCCCACCUCUGCCAGUCUGAAGAGGGGAGGAAUCUCCCAGGCGCCUAUCCCCCUGCCCACCGCCCGGUGGGAGGACUUCCUGCCAUCGCCCCUCUCGGAGAGCCCCAUCUCAAAGAUGGAGGCCACAGCCAGGGCAUCCCAGCAGCCCAAGAGGGCGUUGCAGGAGCCUGUGAGGAUGCCAGCCCAGCACCCCCUGGCCACUGUGGGGUCGUCUUCAGAAAUUCUUUUGCCCAUGCUCUUAGAACUUGAAACUCUGAGGAACACGGCCACCAAGGCAGAGGAGAUACAGGAGGAAUCAGGCGUCUUUAACCUUCCACCCAGCCUGCAGCACUCCCAGCACUGAGUAGCCGGAUGCGGGGACUUAAUCCCAGUCGGAAACUGUCCAGAGGAGCCCAGCACUGCCAGGCCCCCAGGGUUCUAUGCGCACCGACUGUAAGAAGCGGAAUGUUGAAAGGCCGCUUGGGGGGAUUUGCCCCGUCUGGUAGAUACCAGAACUAUGGAUAUGCCUUUAUAUAUUGGGGGGC